AUGGCCAGCGAGCAGCCCAAGAAGCCGACCGGCGGGGCCUACGGCAGCUGGCUGGCAGAGCAUCGGGCGGAGUUGCAGAAGGAGGUGGGCCCAGGGAAGCCGGCGUGCGAGGUGGCCAAGCUGGCCGGAGUCCGCUUCAAGGCCCUCAGUGAGGACACCAAGGCCAUCUACCAAAAGAAGUUUGAGGAGGCCAAGGCCAAGUACGAUGCAGACAUGGCCGCCUUCCUCGAAGCCGGCGGCGAGAAGAAGAGCAUCAAGAGGAAGGCGGAGAAGUCCGCCAAGCGCAAGAAGGACCCGGCCGCACCGAAGAAGCCUGCGGGGGGUGCCUUCGGCUGCUUCCUUGCCAAGAACCGGGCCACUUUCACGGAGGAGUGCAAGGGCCAGCCGGUCACCGCGAUCACCAAGAUGGCCUCCGAUCGAUGGAAGAAGUUGAGCGAGGAGGAGAAGAAAGUCUACCAAGAGGACUACGAGGCCAAGAGGGCCGAGUACGAAGAGGCCAUGAAGUCCUACGUGCCGCUUCCCAGCACCGACAACGACGCCGAGAAGCCGGUGGCUAGAUCGCUGCUGCAGUACGCCAAGAAGGCGCGGCUGUCCCCGGAGCAGAAGGAAGCGGCCAAGCAGAGCAAGGAUGCCGAGAAAGCGCAGGCCAAGGAGAAGAAGGCGGCCGACAAGCAGGCCAAGGCAGACGCCAAGGCCUCCAAAGCCAAGGCAGCGCCCAAGAAGGCCGGCGGCAAAGGACUCAGCAUGAAGGCUGCCCCGGAGGCGCCCUCCGUGGAGCUGCCGCCGACGGUGGCCGCCAAGGCGGAGAAGGCUGGCUUGAAGGACCAGCUCAUGAAGCUUGCUGUGCGCCCAGACAUGGUGAACAGCUUCUCGGCAGGGGCGCGGCCUCUUUCUCCGUGCUUGGCACUUCUCGCGCUUUCUCUCACUUCCUCCUCCGCAGCCAUGGCCUGCGAACAGCCCAAGAAGCCGACCGGCGGGGCCUACGGCAGCUGGCUGGCAGAGCAUCGGGCGGAGUUGCAGAAGGAGGUGGGCCCAGGGAAGCCGGCGUGCGAGGUGGCCAAGCUGGCCGGAGUCCGCUUCAAGGCCCUCAGUGAGGACACCAAGGCCAUCUACCAAAAGAAGUUUGAGGAGGCCAAGGCGAAGUACGAUGCAGACAUGGCCGCCUUCCUCGAAGCCGGCGGCGAGAAGAAGAGCAUCAAGAGGAAGGCGGAGAAGUCCGCCAAGCGCAAGAAGGACCCGGCUGCACCGAAGAAGCCUGCGGGGGGUGCCUUCGGCUGCUUCCUUGCCAAGAACCGGGCCACUUUCACGGAGGAGUGCAAGGGCCAGCCGGUCACCGCCAUCACCAAGUUGGCCUCCGAUCGAUGGAAGAAGCUGAGCGAGGAGGACAAGAAAGUCUACCAAGAGGACUACGAGGCCAAGAAGGCCGAGUACGAAGAGGCCAUGAAGUCCUACGUGCCGCUUCCCAGCACCGACAAUGACGCCGAGAAGCCGGCGGCUGGAUGGCUGCUGCAGUACGCGCUUUUCGGUGAUUGUCCCGUGCUUGCCAAGAAGGCGCGGAUGUCCCCGGAGCAAAAGGAAGCGGCCAAGCAGAGCAAGGAUGCCGAGAAAGCGCAGGCCAAGGACAAGAAGGCGGCCGACAAGCAGGCCAAGGCAGACGCCAAGGCCUCCAAAGCCAAGGCAGCGCCCAAGAAGGCCGGCGGCAAAGGACUCAGCAUGAAGGCUGCCCCGGAGGCGCCCUCCGUGGAGCUGCCGCCGACGGUGGCCGCCAAGGCCGAGAAGGCUGGCUUGAAGGACCAGCUCAUGAAGCUGGCUGUGCGCCCAGACAUGGUGAACAGCGGCAAGAGCCACGGCGCCAUGCUCAAAGCUUUGGAGGAGUCCGGUGGCUUGAUCCACCCGGCGAAGAGAGCUUUGCUCGGGGCCUGA